AUGUUCCACAUCAUCAGCUGUCGUGUGCUUGUCGGUGAUAAUCUGCCGAGCACGUUCUCGCUUCCCGACGGAGAGAAGAUACCGGGGCGAAUCCGGGACGAAAGGCAUAGCCAGGAGAGUGAUUAUGGGCGGUACACAAGCGAGACAGAGUGGUCCUCGCCAUCUAUCCUUCGAGGGGACGUAGAAGAAGCCCACGCCCACCCAGGGAGGGUCGGGUUUUAUUUAGAGGGAGGUCGUCGAAGGGGGGGACGUUUGGCCACUGUCAUUGUGAAAGAUGAAGUUGGUUCACCUACUACUUGCCUAGGUGCUGGGAAGAUAUCAAGCUGGAAGGAUAGGCGAAUCGAGUGGUUAUAA